CUAUUUAAGGUUUCAUGCUGCAGCAUAAUAAUUGGCAGCUGGCUCUGGCUGCAGACAGAUUUUUUCCACACACUUUCUUUACCAUUCCAGGAACCUUUUGUUUUAACUUGUAUCCACUUCGCUUUUUUGUUAGUAGGGGAAAGGAAGAAAGGGAGGUGGUUGUUUGGUGGAGAGGGAGGAAAAAUGACAGAUAUAUAURAUGCCAUGUGUCCUUUGUGAGGCUUCGCAUCYUCAUUCACGCACGAGGCGGACCUCGUAUCCCAGACUGYACUGGUGCACCUGUGACUGGUUAGGCAGAGMCCAUAAUUCUCAGAUUCYAUGCCUUAAAAACUCAUGUWGAUGCCAUCGUCUUUGUAUACUACAGUGUGACUUCAGUUUGGGCAGCUGCCUUCUGUCAAUCUGGGACCACAGUCAUCUGAAGAAGCAGAAGCUUUCCCACCCCUUUCCCUCGCUCUCUCUUUCUCUCACUCUCUUUAUCUCCCCCUCCCUCUCCCUUUCUCCCUCGUUCUCCUCCCUCUCUCCAGAGACAUCUGGCUUUUGAGCAACCACAGUCUUCUUACCUGCUGACCUUCCAUCCCACACGCAGAGGGAGAGAGAGAGAGGAGAGAAAGGUAAGAGGAAUGGACUCUUGUCAUUUCCUGAAGGGUUCCUGCUCGGUUGUCCCUAGUACAGUUAUGUUUCCCCUCCGUGUCCCCAUCUUUGCCGUGCUGGUCAGCCUGACCGUGGGUCAGUACGAUGACUACGACUACCAGCCGGCUUCCCAGCACGGCCCGUCCAGCGCCAACUGUGCCCAGGAAUGCGAGUGCCCCAUCAACUUCCCCACUGCCAUGUACUGUGACUCCCGCAACCUUAAGUUUGUGCCCAUUGUGCCYUCRGGCAUCAAGUACCUGUACCUGCAGAACAACCUGAUCGAGGAGAUCAAGGCUGGGGUCUUCGACAACGUCACGGCUGAACUCCGUUGGCUGGUCUUGGACCAUAACCAGAUCACCAAUGACAAGGUCGCCAAGGGAACCAUCGACAAGCUGACCGGACUUCAUAAGAUCUUGUUCAGCUUCAACAAACUGACGGAAGCUGUGAUCCCUCCCUCCAUGUCCUUGGACGAGCUGAAGAUGAUGAACAACCAGCUGUCCAAGUUCCCCGCAGGGAGUCUGGCCGGCAUGCAGAACCUGACCUCGGUCCACCUCGAGAACAACGAGCUGACAUCUAAAGCUCUUAACGGGGUCUUCAAGGGCCUCAACAAGCUGGUGGCCAUAGACUUGACCAACAACAAGCUGAAGAAGCUUCCCUCAGGCAUGCCCAGUUCGCUGGAGACCUUCUAUGGCGAUCACAAUGACAUCAGCAGCAUCGCAGCUGGGGACCUCAAAGAGCUGCCCAAGCUGGCGUACCUGAGGUUGGCCUACAAU